GACAUUAGCCAGAGGAAGCGAGGGAGGGUUGAAGGGACUGCGGGAUCUGUAUGCCGGGCCAGCGCAGUCCCUCCUCCUCCUCCUUCUCCUCCACAGCUGUUGCUACUGCCGCUGAGCAGAGCUGAGCGAGCGAGCAGCACUUUCUCCUCCCCAGGCACCAGCAGCGGCACACAGACAGACGAUCCCCCGGCCUUGAGCCCCAGCGCAGCCCAGCACCAGUGAGGCAGGGGAGGGGAUCCACUAUAGCGCAACACUCCUCCUCUACUUAUCCCUCCCUUGCUCUCCUUCACUCCCUCUCUCUCUCUCUCUCUCUCUCUGUAGCAGACCGUCCGCGCCGCUUGGCUCCGCACAGCUCCCUCAACUCAUUCGCUGCUGCUGACACCACCGCUCACCACUCGCUUGCCUCUUCUUCUUCUUCUCCUUGCCUUUGCUCCGCUCUGUGCCCGCCUGCCCGCCUCCUGCCCUGAGAAUGGUCCAGCCGGUGCCUGGGGGUCUGCUGUCGGGGCCUGUCUGAACAUACGCAUAAACAGUUCCAGACUAGCCGAAGCGCAGCAGCAACCACACACACAAGUCGGAGAGCUAUGUGAGAGAGGAAGUGCCUUCCCUGAUGUCUGCUGCAGCUUUGACCUGCUUCUCCGGCUGAAGCGCCACCCUCCCCCCUGCCUCGCUCGCUUGCUGCCGCGGUAACCUGAAUCCAAGGACAGUGGCCACACCUUCAUCUCUGUCCCCCAGUCCAUCUCCAGCUUGUCCUCACCGACCAGCCCCCGCUGCCAAGUGCUCUCCACUGAACAGCCUUACAGCAUCACCCCAGCCCGCACACUCUCACCCACCUGCCUUUAACUUUAGACCAUAGGCCUCCAUUCAGUCCUCAGUGCCCUUAACCUCCCUGUGGCGGGCUACACACAGACUAUCACCUUUGUUGCCUGCUUCACUGCACCUAACUGAGGGCUCCUGUCUCCUGUUUGACACAUUGUAUAAGCUCCCAUCACUAAAAUAAAAGUGAGGUCAGAAGAGGCGCCUACGUGUUGAUAAUCUAAGGACUUCAUCCGUGGCUCUGUCAGGACAAUGACCCAAUAGCAUCCACAGCUAACAGUGUUCUUCAUCAUUUCCCCCUGGAGCUCUCUCAAUCUAAAGAACCUUUGCUUGAAUGUUUCAUUUCACCAUCACAGGCAGCAACAAGAGAAAAACUGUGGAUUAAAACACUCAAGGUACUUUAUUCACAUUUGAACAGCUAGGAAAAGUUUUGUGCUUUCGUGUUGCCAUGGCAAUGAACAUAGCACACAUCCGUGACACCAAGUGGCUGACCCUGGAGGUAUGCAGAGAGUUUCAGAGAGGCACAUGCUCACGUUCAGACCAGGAGUGCAAGUUUGCCCACCCGGCCAAGAGCUGCCAGGUGGACAACGGACGAGUCAUCGCCUGUUUUGAUUCCCUAAAGGGUCGCUGUUCCAGGGAGAACUGCAAGUACCUGCAUCCUCCUCCUCACCUAAAAACCCAGUUGGAGAUCAAUGGGCGCAAUAACCUGAUCCAGCAGAAGAACAUGGCCAUGUUGGCACAGCAGAUGCAGCUGGCCAAUGCCAUGAUGCCCGGCACACAGCUCCCCCCGAUGCCCAUGUUCUCUGUCACGCCCGGCCUGGCGACCAACGCUAGUGCCGCAGCAGCUGCAGCUGCUGCAGCCUUUAAUCCCUAUCUGAGCCCUGUGUCCCCCGGCCUGAUGCCCCCUGAGAUCCUGCCCAGCACCCCAGUCCUCAUGGCCUCCAGCCCCACAGUCAGCCAGGUGCCCAAUGCUGCAGCCGCCGCAGCCCAGAAACUGCUGAGGACGGACAGACUCGAGGUUUGUCGAGAGUACCAGAGGGGUAACUGCUCGCGGGGAGAGAACGACUGCCGGUUUGCCCACCCUGCAGACAGCACCAUGAUCGACACCAACGACAACACCGUCACUGUGUGCAUGGACUACAUCAAGGGCCGCUGCUCCCGGGAAAAAUGCAAGUACUUCCACCCCCCGGCCCAUCUGCAGGCCAAAAUCAAGGCCACGCAGCACCAGGUGAACCAAGCCACAGCCGCCGCAGCCAUGGGCAUCGCCCCUAGUGUCAUGGCUCCCCUGCCAAAGCGGGCUGCCCUGGAGAAGGCCAACGGGGCCUCUGCUGUGUUUAACACAGGCAUGCUCCAGUACCAGCAGGCCCUGGCCAGCAUGCAGUUUCAGCAGCAGGCGGCUUUCCUCCCAUCAGGCUCAAUAUUGUGCAUGACACCUGCAGCCAGUGUUGUUCCCAUGAUGCACGGUGGUACUCCGGCCACUGUGUCUGCAGCCACCACAUCUGCCACAAGCGUUCCCUUCGCAACUGCCUCCACCAAUCAGGACUCUUCCUUAACAAAGUUGACUACCAACGAAUACAUGCAAUUGAUUCCAAUAAUAUCUGCAGAUCAUCUGAGUAGUCACAAGUACUUGACUCAAAUGUAGUUCCUGUAAAGAACAAUCAAAUGAAUGUGGGCUGGCACCGUCCAAGCCAAACAAAUUCAGCCUUUAUGUACAUAUUCUUCAGAAUGUCAAGCAAUGGGACAGGAGGGUCUGCCAUCUCCAAACCAGCCCAUGACGAUGGUGUCAUCACACGAGUCAACAUCCCGAGUGCAACACUUGAUCUGUGCCAUCCGCCCACUUAGAGGAGUGUCUAAUGUAGUGUCCAGCAAAGAAAGGAAGAGGUCAGGAGCCUCAGUCACUGUGUCUCAGAGUGAGAUCGGCCCAUGUUACACCUCUGUGUUUGAAUUAUUCUCUUUUCUGCACGCGCAGGUCAUUGAUGUGGCUGCAUAGCACCACAUUGCUGGUACGUUAGUAGACCAAUAUUUUUUUCCUUUUAUAUUUGUUCUUUUUUGAAUAGCCAUAUUUCAGAGUUUGCAAAUUAAAUGUAAACAUGCACCUUGAAUUAGAAUUCUAAACAAUAAUAGGCACAAUAAUUUAACAGGAUUUUAAUUUGCCAAAAUAAUUGUACAGUAUUGUAAUUUUAUGGCUAGUGAAACUAGUGAAAUGAGGGUCUUGGACAUAUGAAUGUUCUGGGUAAACCAACAUACCUGUGUACCUUGAAGCACAGCCAGGCUUUUCUUAACUUGUGGUGUGCCAUCAAGGCCAUACAGCUAACCCCGAGUGUUAUCUCACCAGUGUUAUUUGUUUACCGAAGGUAAAGUUUUAUAUGGCUUUUGUAUUAUUUUGAUUUUGAUUUUAUUAUGUCCUUUAUGUUAUUUUUUUUUUUUACCUUCGUCUGGUUUUCAAUUAAUCAGUUUUAGAAGUUUUCUUGUUUUUAUCAAUAACUAGAGGGUGUUUUGUUUAUAGAGAGAAGUCCAUCGACUCUAAAAGUGGAGGGUGUAGCUUUAGUUGUGUUACAGUGCCGCCUCUUCUGAAGAGGACUUUUCCAACUAUGAGUGCAGCACUGUUGAGCCAUGUGUUGAUGGAAAAACAAUGUUAUAUUAGGUCAUCUUCACCACGUUCACCCGAUGAAUGUUUAUGUGGAUUCCCUUUUAAACACCACUCCACCUGAGCUUGUCUGGGGAAUCAAGGCCUUUGCCUUGUUUUUCCCUGAAAGUUCCUAAUCACAAAGGCUCUAGAUCUGAGUUUAGAUACCAAAGCACAGUUUUAUUGUCACAUUUGAUAGAAAUUACACAAUUGAAAUACAGCCAUUAUUCCUUCAGUUCUUAGUUAAUGAUCACUUGCCUUUCUCGUGUUCACAGAGGUGUGUAGUGUGUCUUUACAGAUUGUAAUGUACCUAACAAAGCCUUAGAUUACUGUUUAUGGGCCUCAGCCCACUCCAAUGUAAUUUUUAUCAUAUGCAGGUUAAAUACACCAAUGAUGUUUUAUAGUUUCCUCACACAUCGCUUAUAAUUUGUUUUUCUCUUUGUGUAAAAGUAACAAUUACUCUUAAAUCUGUGUUAUGUACUACUUAAGGAUUUGAAUAUUUGAGGUAUCUAGUUAUAGAUUGUUUCUUUUUGCCUUACUAUAUAUUACUUGACAACAUUGAUAUAGCCGUUGUAGAUUUUAAGGUAGUUUGACAUUCAUAACUUUUUUCAUAUACAAUAUACAUUAUAAUCUGUUGACUUCAUUCAUAUAGCUGGAUGUCUUUUCAGUUGAUGUUACAUCAUCAUUGUCAGAGAAUGUUUGCUGAAGAAAGACAUUUUGGAUGCAAAGAAAGAUACAUUAUUAUCAGUGUAGACAAAAUGUUGAAAUCGUUUUUGGUUUUCCAUGUAACAUGUUUGAAAAUAUAUUGUAUUGGAAAGAUUAGAUUAUCCAUGUUUUAGGGUAAAACUUAUUUUUUACUGUAUCCAUUUCAAAAAGAUGUGUAUAAGAUAAUGUUUGUUUUAAAUAUUUCUUAAGUUUGCCCUGAAUGUCAGGCCAAAAUGAGCAGUGAGAUAGACGGGUGUUUGGAUGUUUGUGGAUGGUGAGAUUAGGAGAGAGAACGACUUUUCCAAUGUGGUCAAGUCCGACAUGCUGCAGACGAUGAGUUCUAACCUAAGGGAAGAAGGUUGACUUUUUGCACUUCUGUAUAUAGUCAAAUGAACAGAGAAAAUGUGUAUCAUAUUGAGAUAUUAUUUUGAAUAAAAAAGAUCUAUAAUUAUAAGGAAUUUUGUUAGAUUAAUUUAAAUUCUUAAAUUAGAAGACCAGCUAAAAUUGCUUGCAAAGAAGGGCACUAGUUUCUUGGCCAAUGCAUUCAGAGAAAGCUAUGCGCUUUUUGUCUUAUUUUAUCUGCAUCUGUUAUUGCCAGGGAAUGUUAUAUGGGAUUAUGCCCAUGCCAUGCUAACUUCACCCUUGUAGGAUGACAUAUCCACUGAUGUCCAGUCUCAAAACCUGCUUAUUUACCUAGUUUGAUUUUAUUGCAUGUAAAAAUACACACAUUUACAAAAAAAAAACAACUCAAAUAUGUAAGGAAGAAAUACAUGUCAAGAAUACACAAUACACUAUGUAACAUCCACAUUAAUGGGGAAUUUAGUUUGAAAACAGGUCAUUUUCAAUGAGAAAAGGCUCCUCAAACAUUAAGAAUAAAGACUGGCAUUCGUCCACUCACAUUCAACACUGUAGAGGUUGUUUCUUCUGACACCGCUGUGCACUCAGCAGGCAAGGUCACCACCACACCAAAAAUAUUUGGCCAAUUAGUUGUUCAAAUGAAUGUAACAGUAGCCGACGUCUGUAUGACUUGAAGCUGCUGUGUUGACGCUAGAACCAAAGCACCAUUUUGUCCAAACCAGAUGUUUAAGGUUCACUUCCCUGCUGGGGGCACAUACCCAUGCUUUGUUAACUGCUUCUUCCUUGUAAGUGCAACCACCAGUUAUAAGUAUUUGCCACAAAUGCCACACAAUAAUGUAUAACUAUUCUGUCUUCAGAUUUGUUUAAUGCACAUUUUAUUGUUGCCAUAUCUCUGACUCUUGCUGUAUGGAUGAAAAAAUCUGAAUAAAACUAUAUUUCAUUUGCUUAUGCA